AAGGCCCGUAACACUAGUCAAAGUCAAUCUCUUCGCCUGCCGUUGACAGUUGCUUGCACCGGUCAAACCGAGUGCCUCAAACUUUCCAACACACGUUUGCCACACCAUGAUUCAUGAUCAAGAAAAAGGAGAAGAAACCCAUCUCUCUACUCUCUCUGUAUCUCUAUCUCAGAGGUGCUAAAUGGGGUUGUGGGUCGAUUGGAGUGCGGAGUCAUACCCAUCGAACAGAGACUUUGCAGUGGUUCCCUUCUUCGCUCUCUUCUUCCCAGCUCUCCGCCUCUUUCUUGAUGCUUUCAUCUUUGAGAAACUAGCGAGACGGCUGAUUUUUGGAGAGGGACAUGCCAAGCUGGAUCUUGAGGCACAUCAUAGGAAGAAAAAGAUUAAAAAAUUCAAAGAGGCGGCGUGGAAAUGUGUGUACUUCCUUUCUGCAGAGAUUUUGGCUCUUUCAGUCUCCUAUGACGAGCCUUGGUUCACUAGUACCAAGUUCUUCUGGGUUGGCCCUGGGAAUCAAGUUUGGCCAGAUCAGAAGAUCAAGUUGAAAUUAAAGGGAUUGUACAUGUAUGCCUCUGGAUUCUAUACAUACUCCCUGGUUGCCUUGUUUUUCUGGGAAACAAGGAGAUCAGACUUUUUGGUCUCAAUGGGACAUCAUGUGGCAUCUAUCCUCCUCCUUGUCUUAUCAUAUAUGUUCAGGUUUGCUCGUGUUGGUUCGAUUAUCUUGGCACUCCAUGACGCGAGCGAUGUCUUCAUGGAAGUGGCAAAAAUGUCGAAGUACAGUGGCUAUGAAAGGAUUGCUAGCUGUUUUUUUCUUCUUUUUGCACUUGCUUUUACAGCCUUCCGCAUCAUCUACUUUCCAUUUUGGAUCCUUAGGAGCACUAGUUAUGAAGUUCUUCUGACUUUGGGCAAGGACCUGCAAAUGGCUGUUGGACCUCUGUGCUACUAUGUGUUCAAUACUCUUCUGUUCUGCUUGCUUGUUAUUAAUUUAUAUUGGUGGUUGUUGUUGUGUGGGAUGCUGGCGAGACAGGUUCGUGAUAGAGGCCAGAUAAGUGAUGAUGUUCGUUCUGAUUCAGAAGGGGAUGAUGAUGACCACAGAGAUUGAUGAAGAAUCAGAGUUACAUGUAGUAGGUGCUUGGAACUCAUGAUUUUUGGCAUUCUUCCAUGCUUGAAUAGAAAUAACUCUAUUUUGCUGGGGUAUUGUCUUUGUUUAGAAAGCCUUAACCAAGACACGUCAAGAUCUCACUAUCUAUCGGUCUCAUUCCUUUCGCUAAUUUGUUUCGUGGGUAGGAGUUGCUUAAAGUACGUGCCAUGAUACUCAGAUGCCAAGUUGGGGAGACCCUGUGACCUCCAUGAAAUAAGUUAACAAGGCCACCAUGGACAUGAUUGAUUCA